AUGACGAUUGACAUAAACAUUGUCCUAAAGUUGUUAAAUAUCUAUUAGAGCUUUCCAAACAAUAUAUACAACCAGUGGAUUCAGUAUUUAAGCAGCCUCCACAUGUAUAAUGGCAAGCUAUUGUUUAAUGUAUGAAAUUACGAAAACAAAUGUUUGUAGUGCCAUUUCCGUCGCCAUAGGUAUCUUAGCAUUCACACUUAAAAUUAUCCGAGAGAUAACGAUUUUCUCCAGGAAGACAAGUAAGACAAUAUUAGUUAGUAGUUUCAUCAGCUGCUUAAAAACAGGUUCGGCAUCUUGGAUGACAUUCUAAAAUUAUUUUCAUAUAUACUUCCACAUUUAGAUUGUUUAAUUUUAUAAUCUGCAUAUCCUAAUCUACAUGGACAAGAAUUAUCGAAAAAAAUUCUGUUCGAUAUACUUCCAUCUAAACAUUGAGUACAUUAUUAAUUUGAGGGACCUGAACAGGUUAGACAAGAUUAAUCACAAACUUAAAUUAUGA